AUGGCGGACUCCGAUGCACAGCAAUGGAACGGCGACGCCGCCCGAGACGCCGCCCGCGAAACCGACAAUGCUGCCUGGAACGGUGGCCGCAGCCCCUCACCAAGGGGCGCCGCUACUCCCCCCCGCCGUGAGCGCGAGCGAUCUCGUUCUCCCGCUCGUGCUGGCGAGGCAAACCACGCACGUGCUGACCGCGACGAUGGAGACAACAACCCCGGCAACAACCUCCAUGUCUCUGGUUUGAGCAAGAGCACUACCGACCGUGACCUCGAAGAGGCUUUUGGCAAAUACGGAGCUAUCCAGAAGGCGCAGGUCAUGUACGACCCUCACUCGCGCGAGCCUAGAGGUUUUGCGUUUGUCACCUACGAAAAGGCCGAAGAUGCAGAGGCCGCCAUCACUGCGAUGAACAACACCGAAUUCCUCGGUCGCAAGAUCACCGUCGACAAAGCACGUCGAGGACGCGCUCGCACUCCUACCCCUGGACGCUACUUUGGGCCUCCCAAGGAAGGCCGUGGCCGCGGUCCUCCUGGUUUCUACGGUGGAGGUGGAGGUGGCGGUGGCGGUGGAUACGGCCGUGGUCCUCCCCGCGGCGGCUACGGCGACGACCGAUACGGGGGCGUGCCUCCUCGUGGUGGUGGAUACCCGCCCGCGUACCCUCCUCGCGACCCGUAUGACCGAUACGGCCCUCCUCCCGGUGGACGCCCCUUCUCGCCUCCCCCCAUGCGCGGUGAUCCGUACGACCGCUACGGACGCGGUCCUCCCCCUGGACGCGAUUACCCCCCUCGUGACCGCGACUACCUGCCUCCGCCUCCCCGCGGUGGACCUGGUAUGGACUACCCGCCCCGCGACUUCCCCCCUCGCGGUCCUCCCGGAGACUACCCGCCACCCCGUGGCUACCGCGACAUGUCGCCACCUCCUCCUCGUGGUGGAAGGUACGACGAUCUGCCGCCUCCCCCUCCUCGUGCUGGCGGCCCCGGCGGGAGGUAUCCGGAUGGCCCUCCUCGUCCUCGUUACGACGAAGCUGGCCCGCCUCCGCGCCGAUACUGA